GACCCUAUGUCUGAAUACUCUUACGGAUCACGAUCAUCGGCAGAUUCGGGGUUCAGCAAUCCUCCAGCUCGGAAUUAUUCGCUUCCUGGAUUUGGAGGGAUGACCGACGCACAGUCCAUAAGUGAGUCUGAAAAGCGGACAAUAAUCCAUGCCCUACGAACACAUAGGGUCAAUACGCUUACGGAACUCCGCCGAAUCGAGAGGAGUUUCGCUACUAUUGGCACCCCUGAUGUCUCAGAGCCGAUGACCACUGCAUGGGCAUAUUACGUUAAUUCACACACACUGUUGACCGAACUUCGAAGCCUUACCCGAAACUACCCCUUUAGUUCCGAUUGCCUUGACGAAGCCAAACGACGAGUUUACGCAGACCCGUCGAGCAACAGAAGCUGGAACUUCUGCUGGCUUGUGCUUAUCAAAAUGCAAAACGAUCAACUGAUCCCCUACUACGCACAAAAUCAAGCAGCGCAACCCGCCAUGUGGGGAAACUACACGCCUACCGCCGACAGCAUUCAACAGCUGGCUGACGCAUUUAUCGCGGAGUGGAAUUAUGCACUGGAAGAGACGUUGCGGCAUUGGGAGGAAUCUCCGCUUGCUGGUAGGGUGGAAUGAUGUCACGAUGGGCAGGAAUAAAAAGUGACUGGAGUUUGGGAAGGGCUAGGGAUAAGAUACUCCAGAGGGUUUGUGUAUCUCCGUUGCGGGCAUCUGGACUGUCACAACCGUUGUUUUUGCUUUUGGAUUUCCGGUUCAAGCCAUCGAUGACUUUAUAUGAGCGACUUCUGUACUAGCAUUUUAUGCGGAGAAUAAAUGAGCG